AUGCCGCGACGACAACAACCUCCUCGGUCCCUCGGCCCUCGCCGGCGCCGGCGCGCUCAUCCUCUCCCACGCCGCGAUUGCCGACCUAACCUCCUCCCGCCUCCUCCUCCUUCCUCUGGACGACUGGAACUCACCCAUCCUAAGCUCUGCGCGUACGUUUACAUCCACAUGCUCUGCUCCGCCGUGAGCCAGGACGACCGCACCUUCCCCUUCGUCCUCCACGCCGCCGCUGAGGCGCACGCAGCCAAGGGUCAAGCAGUCAAGCUCCACGCCGCCGCGCUCAGAAGCGGCCACCUUACGGACGUGUUCGCGGGCAACACGCUGCGCCUCUUUCUAUGCGGCCACCUCACGGACGUGACGCGCGCGGGGUGUUUGAUGAAAUGCCAGUCCCGGAUGUUGUCCGUAGUCUCGGCGUUCUUGGCCAACAAGAUGCUAGAUGAUGUGAGGCAGGCAUUGGUUAGUAUGACGGAGAGCGGGCAGCGGGGUCCCUGUGAAUGUGGCAAGCUUGCUCUCGGUUAUGCCUGCCUUAUAAGUAGCUGUGUACAUACUACAGUGGCUACAAGCUUUUCUUGUAGGGGAUCAGAUGGUUAG